UUGCUGGGUCCCGGAGCCCUCGCCUUCUCCGUUUCCUCCUUCGCGCGCUCACUUCCAUCCCAUGCGGACGGCGGGGAAGGAGUUCUCUGGCGGCGGCGGCGGGAGCAGCAGCAGUCCAGACCCAGGCGGGCGGCGGCUCCCCCUUCCCUGGGCAUGUCCCGCUGCGGGCGCUUCUUACGCUGAAUCCGGCUGAGUUGCGGGGCGAGCGCCGCCGCCGCCGCCACUUCUGCCGCCGCCGCCCGAGAAUAAGUGGCCCCCAUGAGUGCGGAGACGUCUUCCCGCGCGUCCACGCACCUCCGCGCCCUCUUUAGGAUGGAGCCGCCUCCGUCCGCCGCCUCGGAGCAGCUGCUGGGAGCCUCGGAGUUCCUUAAAGACCGACUAUAUUUUGCUACUUUACGGAAUAGACCUAAAAGCACAGUGAACACCCACUAUUUCUGCACGGAUGAGGAAUUUGUUUAUGAAAAUUUUUAUGCUGAUUUUGGACCUUUAAACUUGGCUCAGGUAUAUCGUUUCUGCUGCAAACUAAACAAGAAAUUGAAGUCAUUCAGUCUGUCAAGAAAGAAAAUAGUGUAUUAUACCAGCUUUGACCAGCGGAAACGAGCAAAUGCAGCAUUUUUGAUAGGAGCAUAUGCGGUGAUCUACCUGAAGAAAACGCCAGAAGAAGCUUACCGUAUACUUUUAUCAGGAUCUAAUCCUCCAUAUCUUCCAUUUAGGGAUGCUUCAUUUGGAAAUUCUACAUAUAACCUAUCUAUUUUGGACUGCCUACAAGGAAUAAAAAAGGCCUUUCAGCAUGGAUUUGUUGACUUCAAGACAUUUGAUGCAGAUGAGUAUGAGCACUAUGAGCGAGUAGAAAAUGGUGACUUCAACUGGAUUGUUCCUGGAAAAUUUUUAGCAUUUAGUGGACCACAUCCAAAGACCAAGAUAGAAAACGGCUACCCUCUCCAUGCACCCGAAGCCUAUUUCCCAUAUUUCAGGAAGCACAAUAUAACAACAGUCAUAAGACUCAACAAAAAGAUAUAUGAAGCAAAGCGUUUCACAGAUGGUGGGUUUGAACACUACGACCUGUUCUUCAUAGACGGAAGCACACCAAGUGACAGUAUAUUGCAACAGUUCUUGAACAUUUGUGAGGAGGCAGAAGGUGCCAUAGCUGUACAUUGUAAAGCUGGGCUAGGAAGAACAGGAACACUGAUAGCCUGUUAUAUAAUGAAACAUUACAGAUUCACACAUUCUGAAGCCAUUGCUUGGGUACGAAUGUGUCGGCCAGGUUCUAUUAUUGGACCCCAGCAACACUUUCUUGAAGAAAUGCAGUCAACAUUGUGGAUCCAAGGAGACAUUUACAGAGCCAAACAGAAACCCAGGGGAAUCGAUGAAGAUAGUGUGGACAAAGUUUUAUCUGGUUUGGAUGACAUUUCCAUCAGUGGAACCUUGAUGAAUCAAGUCGAAAAUGUGGAUAGAUGUGAGGAGAAUGAUGUGGAAGACAAUGAAGGAGUGGAAGUUAAGAAUGGAAUGACACAAGGAGAUAAACUCCGUGCCUUAAAAUUUCGGAGGCAGCCACGUUCAGCUACAACAGGAGCACUUAGGUUAGAAGAUAUGAAACUGCAUACCAGAUCCAUAUCCCAGCCUUUCAGACUGAACACUGCAGCUCUCUCUCAAGCAUCUAUAUCUCCUUUGAAGUCCUCCAAAGUGGUUGUUGCUAUGUCACCCACAGUGAAAAGGAUAAACAGACACUCUCCAUCUUCAAGCCCAAAUUUAAAAAGCGUUUCCAUAAACUCCAGGCUAGCCAGUUCUCUAGGGAACCUGUAUGCUGCUUCAGAUGGUGCUGAGAGCAAACUGACAUCAUCGUCCUCUAGGACAGGUUAUUCUGUAAACCAAAUCUCCAGUCAUUUCAGUGGCAGUACACAGCUGCCUGCCAGGAAUUACCCUGAGCUGAACAACAACCUGUACAACAGGAGCGGCAGUAGUGCUACCAACCUCAACAGCCAUACCAUUUCUCCCAGCGUCCUGGCAGAUGAUCACAGCACCUACAGAUCCUUUACGGGGCUCGCUGCUUCUCAAGCAAGAUAUCUGAGUCGCUCAAUUCCUGUAAGUUCACAGCCUCAGCAGCCCUCCCAGGGAACUGACAGCACCUCUCUUCAGCCAGAGCCUCUUCAAAAGAGAUUUUAACCAUUCUAGACCUUCUUUUCCUGUCUUAAAUCAUGCUCCUUUUAUACCAGUGUCUUUGAUUUUUGUUUUGUUUUGGCUUUGCUCAUUUCAACUUGGCAAAAGCAAUCAACUGCUUUUUACUUCUGUUUCUUUGAUGUCCACUCAAAAAAGGUGUAACAGAAACAGAUACUUCCUUAAACUUUCUAACAUCUUUCAUGAAGACACCUUUCUUCCUUAUGCUGUCCACUUCAAAUCAAUCCUAAUAAAAUCCUGAAAACAUGAAACUUCCAUAGUAACCUAAGAAUGUACAGGUUUGUUAAAUACUUUCUAACAUCUUUCAUGAAGACACCUUUCUUCCUUAUGCUGUCCACUUCAAAUCAAUCCUAAUAAAAUCCUGAAAACAUGAAACUUCCAUAGUAACCUAAGAAUGUACAGGUUUGUUAAAUAUAUUCAAAGAUAGUAUACGUUAAUUCAAAUAGGAUAUAGCCUUAACCCCAUGAAAGGGAUUAGUUAAAUUUGUAAAAAGAUGCAAGCUUGACUCAAAAAAUUGAGUUAAAUUUACUCUCAAAACUAGUUUUGUGUUCCUGCUUAUGGUGCAUUUUCCUUUAUGUCUGUAAAUUAUGCAAAUAACAGAUAUUACUGAUGUAUGGAAUUAGACACACUUAGAGUAUAUUUUUGAAAAUUUAAGAUAUAAAAAGUUAAGAUCAGUAUAUUUUUGUUUUCAUAAUCUUCCAAUAUUCUACAUCAUUACAAAUAUUUUUAAAAUAACUGUUUCAAACCCGGCUUCUUAGAAUGCACAUUAAUGACCAUAUUCUGGGUUGCCUAAGCACAGCAGUGCUUAGAUUUAAUCUACAGGGUCAAAAAACUAAGGCUUUAUUGCUACUGUUAAGAUUGCAGUAUCUCUUGCCAUAGCUGCAUCCAUACAACGGGUUUGGCUGAUAACAUUUUGUGUCAUAAAGGUAUUUCGAAUUUAGUGUGGAAGCAUUCAAAAAUGUGGAGUGCUUUCCAAAGCUGAAAAUUGGGGUGUUUUAUACAACAAUUGCUUUCAUAAUUUGUAAUAUUCAGCUACACAUGUUUAGCAAGCACCAUCUUGCUUCAUUGUAUACAGAACUAUUUGAAAACUUCCCCCUUUUGAAAUAAUGUAUUGUACAGUUUCUAAAAGCAAACUGAUCCUAGUAGUAUCUUUUUAAUGUGUUUACUGCUAUAACCAUUUCAAGUAUGUUUGGUUUUGAGAUUAGAAAUUUAGUUUUUAUAAUAGGCUUUUUAGCUAGAAUAUCAUAAAAGAAUAACCAUAUUUAGAAGAUGUAGGUGGUGGCACAUAUCUGAAACACCAUUUCUCAUUAUGUUUGCAUGGUGUGCUAUGAUAGGUUGCUGGUAUUUUAAAUGGCAUCCUGGAUUAUUUUAUGAGGGCUCAGUGUUUGAGAAUAUAAGUAGGAACAUAUAAGCAUCUUUUUGUGUAAUUUUAAGAGCUGGCUGAUGCAUGUUCAGUAACCAUUUUUAUCAAUGUAUAGUGUGAUUGUCCUGAACUGUGGCUCAGAAAGAGAUCUAGGAUGGUUGCCUCAACUGCCAUGAUUUUAGAAGAAACAGGACACUUACCAGGCAUGGGACCAGAUUCCAGUGAGCUGGUUCCAUAGCACUGCUGCCUGCCCAGCCCUUUCACUGACGCUCUGCCAAGGCCUUCCACAGCCCCAGAGCUCCCAAUCCAAGGUUCCCACCUGCCUGCCCCCAAUGCCAUGCACAGUUGUAUGUCACUCAGCCCACACAGUCACUAGCUUCCCUCCCUCCCUCCCUCUCUUUUUUUAAUUUCCUGAAGCUACUCUGCUCCCCCUCUUUGUCCAGCCUCAGCUGGCCCCACUAACAAAAGGAAGCUCCACAGUGCCUGGACAGACAAGUCUGAGGGCCUGUGCUGCUCCAUUUCAAAGCAAUGCCCUUUUUAAUCUUCCAUUUGAGUAGCACCAGCCUAAACCAGUCAAAUGUUGUCUUUGAGGGAGGUGCAAGAUCUGUGAAAAGGCAGCUCCUUCACCACCUCAGUGCAGUAAUGGGCCAUUCUGCCUCCAAGGGCAGCAUCUGCUUAGUUUAGCUUGCAGCUGUUUAAAGGACAGGUUUAAAGAAGAUUCUUUUUGAAAUAGUGUAGUGGGGAUCCAAUGGGCUUCUCUGCUCUGGUGCCAUGGCCCUACUUUUUGACAGCAGGGCCAACUCAAUGAAGAAGAAGAAGCAGCGGGACAGAGGACAGGACUGAGCUCUCUUGAGCUGCUGGACUAUCAGCAACUGCCCACCCAUGCUGGCCCCUGAUACCAGGGCAAUGCCUAGUCUAGAACCCACAGUGGUCCAGUUUCAUGUAGAUACUUUUACUCAUAAUACUCUAUUACAUGCAGUAGCGCAUAACACUAACCUGUUUUACUUAACCCAUGGUUAACUCACAUUUGUUGCCCUAGCCAUAAGUUGUCUGGCAGACAGUUGAACAAGCUACAGACAACGAGAUAAAAUUUAAUUUUAACUGGGGAAAUGCCAUGCUAAACUGGGCCUAGAUUUCACUAUCCACUGGCAAUUACUGGUGCAACAAAAUGAAUGCUUAGCUUUCAAGGUGUUGCAUGUGCUGUAUCCAUACAUGUGUGCGAUAGAGAUGACAUGUUACAAUUGUUCCUUUUGUCAAAUGACAGAGAGAAUAGUACUAAUACUUUUCAGUGCUGACAGUGCCUUUAAGAAUGGUGCUUAGGUUGUCAUUCAGGUUAUCUCCUAUAACUGCUCAUAGAAGUGUUCAAUAAUACUUUAUAUUUAAAAAGGUAAAUUUCCCAGUACUCUGUUUGGGAAAUCUCCACACAAAGACAAAACCUAGGAGUGCGUGAAUUGGAAAAUCAUGUGGUCAGUUAAGUGCAAAUAUAGAUAACAAGUAAAGACUGGUUCACACAUGCAACCUGCACAUUUUCCUCAGGGUCAUGUGAGGAACAAUAAAAAUGGGCUGGUCAACAUGCCAACUGCCAGAAGCCAUUUCCACAAUUAUUGAAACAGUUUUUCCACAACUGCUCUGAUUACUAAUGAUCAAUGUAGUACACACAUGAUUUGCUACAUCACUGUACACUCACAUACAGGGACAAAGAAAUAAAAUAACCAGGACUUGCCUAUGUAAUGCAGUCUGAGAGACUCUGAUAAACAGAACCUAUUCUUCUUCAUAGACUUUGUAAUAUUUAGGGGUUCCAUUCAAAUUAGUGGCUCUGAUAUUCUGCUUCAUUAGAAAAAGGUAACAUAGGAGUCAAAAUGCACCAGUCAGAAAAGUACUAAACAGCAGAAUGUAACCAAUUUUAAUUUACAACAUUAUGGUUUGGACCAUUAUAAACCCAGGCAGACUUGUAUACAACUUUCUUCAUGUCUGCUGUAUUAAUAAGAUUACUAAAAUAUUGAAGGCAUUGUGCACCAUAGUUACCCAUAAGAAUGGUUUCUUCUGAGUUCUUUACCUGGAGGUAAGUCCCAUUGACUUCACUGGAACUUACUGCUAGGCAAGUUGUCUGAAGAUCAAGUCCUUUAAUAACAAUCAGUAUUGAUGGCAAGAUCUUAAGUUAGAUGUCAUUGUUGUAGCAUCACUUGCAAGAAAAGUUUACCUGUUUUCUCUGCUCAAAAAUGAAUUUUAAGUUCAAAGGGACUCCAUUAGUACAAGUAUUACCAGGGGUUUUCAUGGCAUGCAUUUAACUCUACUAACUUUCUUCCUGCCCAUCUUUGCUACUUCAAAGUAACUGUGCAUAAUAAUUUGUACUUUUUUCUAUUCUUCCUCCUCUUGAAUGUUUCAGUGUGUUCUAAAAUGUCUUGCUACUUGAUUCAUUCAUGCAAAUUAACCCUACUUCACUCACUUUCUGAAUGUAAUCAAAAACUGAAGAGUGCUUUUUAUCAUCGAAGUUAAAAUGAACGCAAUUAAACUACAAUAAGUGCAUUUUAUCUUGCACUUUUCCUUACUGAGAUUAAUCAUAGAGGUGACUAUGACUGUGUCCUUUGUUUUAAAGCACUUAAUGUGAAAGAGCUAGAGUUCUUAAUUAGUGUGAAGAAAUAUAGAAGUCACAUUUGCCUUUUUGAACAGUUGUCAGCUAGCAAUCUCACCCUACCCCCACCUCAGUUUCCAGUAAGACUACCCUAAUGUUCUGUUCCUCACAAUUUAACAUUUAUCUUUAAUUUCCAUAACACAAAACAAGGAGUCAGUGCAGUAAUUGUCAGACUGUUUACAGCAUACACUGGUGAAGUGUGGGAGAACUGUUAGUAUGACAUAAAGCGGAGGCGGGGGGGGGGGCAUAAAAGCUUCAUUGACAUGAAGUGCCUUUCCUAGUAAUCUCCACACUGGAGUUGACUGGAACAUCCCAUCACACUUAAUAUGGGAUGUACAAGAGCCAGUGUGGAGUAGUGGUUAAGAGCGUG